AUUUUCCUGUUUCACUGCUGUGGUGUGGUCAUGCAUUCAUACUCAUUCACACCAACAGCAGGAGAUUGUGACGUGUUACCGGCUCACCAAAAGCAGCUAGCUAAUAAUGGCCUCUUCAGGUAACAUGUUAUCAGAAAAACAGUUCCUGUGCACCAUCUGUCAACAAGUGUUCAAUGACCCGGUCACCAUUCCCUGUGGUCACAACUUCUGCCAAGCCUGUAUCCAGAGUGUGUGGGACAGUGGGGAUGUCUGCCAGUGCCCAACCUGUAACAAGUCAUUCAGCUCUCUGCCUGAGCUGAGCAUCAACACGGCCUUUAAAGAGCUAGCGGACAUGUUUCGACACGUGACCGUGUGCACGUCGGCUCUGCCGCUGUCUGCAGCCCAACCCGGCGAGGUGGUGUGCGACGUCUGUGCCACCACGUCCCUGCAGGUGAAGGCCCGGAAGUCCUGCCUGGUGUGUCUGACGUCGUACUGCGACGCCCACCUGGAGCCACACCAGAGAGUCUCCACUCUGAAGCUACACAAAUUGAUCGAGCCGGUGAAGAACCUGCAGGAGAGGAUGUGUAAGAAGCACGAGAGGCUGCUGGAGAUGUUCUGCAGGGACGAACAGAGGUGCGUGUGUCGGUUCUGCACCGAGACCGAGCACAAAGACCACCAGGCUGUUACGGUAGAGGUCGAGAGUGGGGAGAGGAAGGUCCAAAUAAGGAAGACUGAGGCUGAUUUCCAGCAGAUGAUCCAGGAGCGGCUGAAGAAAAUAGAGGAGAUCAAAAGCUGUUUGAAGCUCAGCACGGUGAGCGCAGAGAGAGAGAAGAGGGAGAGUGACCGCCUCUGCGCGUCUCUGACACGCUCCAUCAAAGAAAGACAAAGCGAGGUCAUCACUGAGAUUGAGGAGAAGCAGAAGGCGGCAGAGAGGAGAGCAGAGGAGCUCAUUGGUGAGCUGCAGCAGGAGAUCACUGAGCUGAGGAGGAGAAACACUGAGCUGGAGGAGCUGAGGAACACUGACGACCAUCUGAACCUCUUACAGAGGUUGCCUUCUCUUACUUCGCCUCCACCCACGAGAAUGUGGACGGAGAUCGGUGUCCAUCCUGAACUCUGUGUGGGAAACGUGAGGAGAGCACUGUCUAAAGUGGACAACACCCUGAAGAACGAGCUGGAGAACCUGAAGAAAGAAGAGAUGAAGAUGAUGCAGAAAUAUGCAGUUGACGUAGUGUUAGACGCCGACACCGCCCAUCCUAACAUCAUCCUGUCAGCUGACGGGAAGCAGGCGGGCCGCAGCGAGCUGCUGCAUGUCGUCCCCGACAAUCCCCAACGCUUUGACCCCGUCAUCUGCGUCCUGGCCAAGAAAAGCUUCCUGUCCGGGAGGUUCUACUUCCAGGUUGCUGUUGGGACAAAAACCUUCUGGGACCUGGGCGUCGUCAAAGAGUCCAUCAACAGGAAGGGGAUGAUCACCUCCAAACCAGAGAACGGUUACUGGACGGUGCGGCUGAGGAACGGGGACGAGUACCGAGCUCUGGACUCGCCCUCGGUCGUCCUGUCGCUCAAAGAGAAGCCACAGAUGGUCGGGGUGUUUGUCGACUACGAGGAGGGGACGGUGUCUUUCUUUAACGUGGACAAUGGGUCUCACAUCUACAGGUUCACUGGGUGUUUGUUCUCUGAGAGGAUAUUUCCAUUCUUCAGCCCUGGCGUCUGCGAUGAAGGGAAGAAUGCUGCGCCGCUGAUCAUCACCGCUGUGAACCCCGAGACUUAGACUUUGAGGACAAUUGUCUGACCGUGUCCUGAACCUGAAGGACAUAUUGUAUUGUAUUGCCUAAGAGUGGGAAAACCUGAAAACGCCACCCUUGCAUUUCCCUGUAGACAACCAAUACACUUCUUUGGGAAAAUGAUCAUGUCAUAGUCCCGCCUCUAUCUUUCUACUACGUUCACUGUCACUUGUCUUCAUCGUCUUGCUCUUUUUGUGUUAGGAGUUGGUGGCAUUUAUUUUUUUAAGUCCCCCCGAUUUUCUUCAUUUGGUCCGUUUCUUUGAUUGUAUAAAUUGCAAAAUAUACUUAUUUGAAUAAAGCUUCAUUGAACAAAAAAAAAAGGGUUUGUACACAGCGCACAUGCUCAGCGUCUUCUUUUUCAAUUUUGAUGUCUUCCUGUAGCAGCGCCAUGUACAUGGUUGGCAUUUAGAGUCAUCUGGAGUUUCGAGUUGACGGAGAUUUCCUGAAACAAUGCCGCGUUUAUGUAAAACUGUUUCAAAACAAGGAACGUUGACGUGUCGUUCCACCACAAAAGAAAAGACGAAGAAUGGCAGAGAGGCGGAGCUAUAACACAAGAUAAAACGCAAGGGUGGUCGUUUGACUUUUCCACUCUGGGCCUUUUUCAUCAAAAAUUGCAUUUCAAGGCUUCCAGGCAGUCAGUAUUUAGAAUUUCCUCCCAAACUUGUUCUUGUGCUUUUAAGUUUCCCAACUAUUUCCCAUCAGUCUAUAACUCUGCAUGCCCUGCAUGAUAAAUGACUCAAGUUAUUUUCUUUUAGGCCUUUCUGCAUUUCAAGCAAUCAAUGGGGAAACGUGAAUUAUGCAAAAUAAAGCCAAACGCACCGCUGAGAAUGGAAAACCUUGACGUGAGCUCACCUCAAAAAAACAAGACAAAAAACAAUCAAUUAUCUACUCUACCUGAGUAAGCAGCACAUUUGCUAUGGAAAGUGCUGGACGUCUGCUUUGACUACAGUACAUCUGCACAUCCAAGUGCUUUAAAUUGCAAAUUCAAAAAGAAGCACAAGAAAUUACUGCUUCCUAUAUCCCCAUGUCAGUUUACCUUAUCAGACUUGAAUUUGAACAUAGUUUAUAUAUUAGAAAUACACUUAACAAUAUUACCCCCUAAAUGUCCACUUCUGUGAACCUCUACCUGGAUAAUCAUGAGAAGAUAAAGACACAGAGCAGCAGGUCGAGGCCUCGUCUCUUUGUCCAAAUGUUCUUUUACUUCAUUCAAUGUUUAAUGAUCACAGUGAGAGAUAUAAAUAAAUAUAGACGGAAAAGAACGGCAGGAAAGAGGAGGCGAGGAAGAGAUGGUGGUGGGGAAAGACGAGGGACGGAGACGUGGAGUGAGUGGAAACCCGAGCUACAAGGCAGAAGUUUAUUGUCCUCGUACAAAGACUCUAUGGAUUAUGACGGCAACUGUGUUUUUACAUAAUGAGAAGACAAGGGACUGAGAAAAGAAAAACAACCAACAACAACAGAGAAACUCGCUCAUGAACUGCUGAGAACAUGCUGAAAUCAUUAAAAAGAAUACAAAACUUUG